AUGACUUCCACAAUCUUUCCUUCCUUAUGCUUCUUCAUUACCUUGUAUCUGUUUUCACUCAUGCAAGUUUUCAGUUCUGCCUUCACUGUGAAUCUAAUCCACCGAGACUCUCCUAGGUCUCCUCUUUACGACCCUGCUACUUCCCACUAUGAUCGCUUGAAUGAUGCCUUUCAUCGUUCGAUUACACGCCUUGAUUAUUUCAAACAUGAAGCACCAUUGGUUCCAACAGGUGGUGAGUAUUUGAUGAACAUCUCAAUGGGAAGUCCACCAAUUCAGAUACUUGGGAUUGCUGAUACAGGUAGUGAUCUAACAUGGACUCAAUGUAAGCCUUGUGAUGAGUGUUACUAUCAGAAGCCACCAAUGUUUGAUCCAAUAAAGUCAUCAUCCUACAACAAUCUUACUUGUGACAGUAAGUUCUGCCAUGCAUUAAGUAGUAAUGAGAGAGCUUGUCUUCAAGACCAAAACAUAUGUGAAUACACAUAUACUUAUGGAGACCAAUCUGUGACAGAAGGGUUUCUUGCAACUGAGAAGUUCAGUUUAAGUCCUGGUCAUUCUCAUACACUUGUGUUUGGGUGUGGACAUGACAAUGAAGGUACAUUUGAUGAGGCAGGGUCUGGUAUAAUUGGUAUUGGAGGUGGUGUUCUGUCUUUGAUUUCCCAAUUGGGUUCUUCAAUUAAUGGUCAAUUCGCAUACUGUUUGGUUCCAACAGUCACAGAAACAUCAUCAUCAAAUAUUACAAGUAAGAUCACUUUUGGGAGUGAUAGUGUGAUUUCUGGUUCUUGUGUUGUCACAACUCCUUUAGUUGAGAAAGACCCUGCAACAUACUAUUAUGUGACAUUGGAAGCAAUCACUGUUGGAAACAAGAGACUAGAUUAUUACAACAAUUCAUCCAAAAAUGAUUGUGUUCAUUCCAAUAUUCAUCCUGGAAACAUGAUAGUCGACUCCGGAACAACUUUAACCUUUCUGAAUUCAGGGAUUUUCAACCGGGUUUUGUCUAUACUAGAGGAAGCAAUUGAUGCAGAACCUGUCAAGGACCCAGAAGGGCUAUUCAAGUUUUGUUUCAGAGACAAGAAAGGAGUUGAUCUUCCAGUGGUGAUAGCUCAUUUUACUGGAGCAGACUUGAAGUUGCAGCCAUUGAACACAUUUGCUCAGGUCCAGGAUGGUUUGGUGUGCUUCACUAUGAUGCCUUCUGAAGAUUUGGCAAUUUUUGGGAAUUUGUCUCAGAUGAACUUUGUUGUGGCUUAUGAUCUUGAGAAGAAGAGUGUGUCAUUCUUGCCAACUGAUUGCACCAAGUACUAAUAAGUACUGUUAUGUUGUUCUAUGCAUAUAGAAAUAAAUUAUGUUUGGAAUUAUGAUCAUGUUAGUUGGUUACCAGACUUGAUUAUAUUAGUAUUACAUUCCAUAUGGGAAUUAUAUAAUAAUCUCAAAUUUCUCAGUCAAGAA